AUGAUCAGGGACUUUUUCCUUUUUGGGCAUGAGCUCCAGAAAACAUGCCAGAAGAUUGAUGUCGAUCAUACCGAUGAUAUCGAUGCUUUGAGACUGAAAGUCGCUGCUCAGUUCAAUGUCAUUGAACCACAAGGUAUCGACUUUCAAAACAAUGCCAAUGGUGACCUUGCGGACAUCGAGGCGGUUCUCGACAGUGAAGAGCCAGUGGGGAUCCUUGUUGAUGGCCAUCAAGUUCGGGAGCCUUCGGGACCGGAAGGCUUACCGAUCGUAGGAGCAUACUAUGAGGUCUUCCCGGAUCAUAUCGGUAACCACGCCCGGAUGUUUCGCCAUUAUGGAAAUGUGAUCAAAUAUACUACCUACGGACGACCGAAUUACCUGACGUGCGACCCAAGAGUUGCAGGCGUCGCUUUUGCCGAGAGUCCAUUCUUCACAAAAUCGACAUCCAAUGUGAAUCACCCACUCCAUGCCAUCAAUUCACAAAAAGCCCUGUUUUUGUGCGAUACAAAUGAAGACUGGCGUCUAGCUCAUCGCUAUAUUGCCCCGGCAAUGAACCCGAAAGCCAUCAGACAUUAUCAUCCUUUGAUGCAGUCUGCUGUUGAGAAGUCGUUCCCCAUAUUCGACGAGCUAGACGAACGAGGGGAAGCGUGGAAUGUCUACCAGUAUAUGCUUAAGCUGGCCAGCGGAACGAUUGGAGAAUUCGCUCUAGGCAUGGACUUUCACCAUUUCGAUUCGGUUGAUGCUCCAUAUCACACCAUAGUCACGUCCAUCUCUAAAUCUCUUUCAUUAAACAAGAGGAUAUCCAGUCGAGGACAGUGGUACUCAAAAUUACCGUUUGGAGACCCAAAAGAACUUGCAGAAACCCAAAAACACAUCCAUGAUGUGCUCAAUGAAGCAAUCAACAAUUGUCCUAAAGGUGGUGACGAGGAUCUACCUAUCAAUGAUGCUGCCUUGCAAGCUGCAUGUAUUUUUGACUUUCUCAACAGAGCGGUCGAUGACAAAGGAGACAAAAUUCCAAGGGAACUCAUUAUCCCUAAUAUGCUACCAGUGGUGGGCGCUGGUUUUGUAACGACGUCUUCUCUGCUUUCCUGGUUGAUCUACUCGCUCUGCGCCUAUGAAGGCACCCAAGAUCGCCUUUUGCAAGAGAUAGUUGAUGCCGGAAUCGACGAGAGCACGGAUUGGAACCCAGAUCUGACAGGGAGCUUAACAUAUCUUGAUAAGUUUAUCAAGGAGACCCAGAGAGUUCAUAAUCCCUCUUUUCAACCAGGAAGAACGGCCAAGGUUGACUGCAUUGUUCCCGGGGGGUAUCAACUCCCAGCAGACUCAGUUAUCAUUCCAGCACUCUACGCCAUCCACAAUAAUCCCGAUAUCUGGACCAAUCCGGGCCGAUUCGAUCCCGAUAGAUGGGAUAGCGAGGAGGUGAGAAAUAGACCGAAGAACUCCUACAUCCCUUUUGCCACUGGUCCAAGGUCUUGCAUCGGCUUCAACUUUGCCCUUGGCGAGGUUAAGGUGCUUCUACCUGCGCUUGUGUACAGAUAUGAGUUUACACGUGAAGGAGAAAGCUCAAUUGAGUAUGAUCCCCACUACCAGCUUAUUCGCCCAAUGAACCUUUAUGUCCGGGCCAGGAAGAGAACCGAGUGGCCAGAGCCGAGCAACAAAGCCGAGGAUAAAAAAUAA